CCGGAAUUGGAUGACGACGCCACCAGUGUUUUUGGAGGUGGCGAUGGAGACGGUCCCGUGCCCGUACUGCCACGCGCUCUUCCCGCGCGUAGACGCGGCCUUCGUCCUCGCCCGCCACGUGACGCAGUGCGCUCUCAAGGCCUGGCCGGCGCCUGUCGAUGAGCACUUCGUGGACGCCAAGCACUGCCCGAUCUGCUGGCGGGUGUUUGACGAGCAUGUCAAGCCGUUCGAGAUCGUGCUCCAUGAAGAAGAAUGCGAGCGCGUGAAUGGCUCAUUGAAGAAGGUCGCGCACCAAAAGCGGCGCCGGGUUGUGGAGAUGUCGCCGCCGUCAAGCGCACCGUCGAGCAAGACCCGGCCAUCGCCUGCCAAGACCAAGGUGCCCGAGAUCACGGACGCCUCGACGCCGCUCUGCUUUCUAUGCGGCCAAGGCGGCCGUCAGCUUCUCUCAUGCUCGGGCUCAUGCACGCGGUCGUUCCACAUUGCGUGCAUUGGCGAGAGCGCGUCGCUCGUCCACCGCCCGUACGUCGCCCAGCGCCGGAGCUGGAAGUGCGCCGAGUGUUUCCGGGGCAUCCACAUGUGCUUCAAGUGCGACAUGGUCGGCGACGACGACAUGGACUCGUUCAAGUGCUCGAUCUCCGGCUGCGGCGUCUACGCCCACCAGCGGUGCAUGAGCAAAGGCCAGGACCCGUCGCUAUUUGUGUGUCCGCGCCACGCAUGCAGCGUCUGCAAGAAGCAGGGGCUUGCCCAAGCCGACGCGCUCCACUGCUACCAAUGCCCCACCGCGCUGCACAAGGCGUGUCACUCGACCAAGUCCCCGUCCUUUACAGCGCUGGUGGGACACCACGGCUGCUGUGGCCACCAUAGCACGCUCCGCACAGUCUCGCCGAGCCUCCGGAGCAAGCUCCACGUUGGCGACGUCGUCUUGGUGCUCAAUUUUGGUAACUCGCAUUUGCCGCUUGAAGCCAAGCAGCUGCAUGCGAACCAGUGGGGCCGCGUUCUUACGGUCGAGGGCAUUGAGUUUAGCGCGCAGCUAUUGACCGUCGCGCUUUUUGCGUGCGACUUGACGCUGACGCUGACCAACCAGCACGCCGUGCCCGUCACGACGCCGUAUGAGCCCACGAAAGCUUUUGUGCAAAACUGCAUCACAAUCCACCUCCACACGGAGCUCUCGCUUCGCGGCCUCUCGCCAGCGUCCAUGGAAGCCGAGCGAUCCCAGCUCGUCAUGGACUCGGUGCUCGCGUUCCAGCAUCUCGCGCAGCAACUCGCGAUUUCGCCCGAUGACGUGAUCGAGAUGGCGACGCUCGCAUAUGAAAGCUGGCGUGUGCGCGACAAGACGCGCCCGAAGAACGUGUUUGGGGUGCUUGACACACGCCGCCGCGUGCGCCCGUCGUCGCCCAAGAAAGCACCGACGCGGCAGUCGGCCCGCGCAUCGACGCGGGCGUCGUCGAUGGCCGAGGCAUUUCAGCCGCGAACCAUUUCGCUCCUACCUCUCGCCGUGUCGAAUGGCGCGCACGAGGUCAUUGCGAUUGACGAUGAUGACGACGAGUACGACGACGAUGCGCCGCUUGCAUAAGCAGCGCCUCUUACGAAUACGCUAAGAACUGUGUCGGUCAACACUAAUCUGCAGUGUGGUGGUUGUCAUGGUUGUGGCCAACCUGAG